AUGUUAUACAACUUAAUUAUAUUAAUUUUUUAUUUAAGAUUUUCUAAAUGUAUUUCUAAGAACAAUAAUUACGGUUACAUCAACUUCGGUACCUUUUCAAAUGUUGUAAACAACAGUAAUAAUUUAAGAAAUAGAAAAAAUGUUGUUUUUUCAAAAAUAGAAAUAAAAAUGCCAGCUCUAUCUAGUACCAUGACGACAGGCAAAAUUGUUAAAUGGAAUAAAAAUAUAGGAGAUUAUGUAAAUCUAGGUGAUAUUAUAAUGACCGUUGAAAGUGAUAAAGCAGACAUGGACGUGGAAGCAUUUGAUGAAGGCUUUUUAAGGGUUAAGCGUUUAGAAGAUGGAUGUGAAGCAAAUGUUGGAGAUGUCCUAGGAGUUUUAACUACAGAGGAAAACGAAAAUAUGGAUGAAAAGAAAUAUAAUGAUGGGGACAUUAACAAGACAGAGAACGAAAUAAAAGUAUUGAAUCCUGAUAAAGACAAAAGUGAACAAAUUAUAAAAGAAGAUAUUCAUUUUGUAAAGAAGCAUAUAAAUGAUGAUGUAAAUGAAGAGAAAAUAUUUAUUCCUUUUAUAAAGUGUAAAAAAAAGAAAGCAAAAAUAAAUAAAUGGUUAAAAAAUGAGAAUGAUUUUGUAAAGAAGAAUGAUUUGUUACUUUAUGUAGAGGAUGAUAAAAGCACCAUAGAAGUGGAAAGUCCAUAUUCUGGUAUAAUAAAAAAAUUAUUAGUCAAGGAAGGACAGUUCGUAGAUUUAGACAAAGAAGUUGCCAUCAUCUCAAUAACAGAGGAAAAAGAUAAUGAAAAAGAAAAAAUAGAAGAACCUUUUAAAAAUAAAGAAGAUGAAGAAAUAAAUCGAGAUAAUAUAUUAAUACAUUAUAUAAAUAAAAUCAAGAAAAGUGAAGAGGGAAGAAAGUUUUUAAAAAAUUUAAGUGAACAAGAAGAAAAAACACUGGAAGAGAGGCUCAAAUUAAAUUAUGAGAAAUACAAUAAAAUUUCCAAUGAUCUAUUCAGGUCUAGUGAAAGUACAAAAGAUUAUGUAUUAAAAGAAAAGGAAAAUGAGAGCCAAUAUGAAAUGGUGUUACCAUCUGCAUCAGAGUUGAUGAGACAAAACAAAUUAAAUCCAAAGGAUAUAACAAACAGGAAAACACCCAAUCGUAUAACCUAUGAAGACGUUGAUGCAUUUUUAAAUGGACAUAAAAAUAAUUCUACUAAUGUUACUUACUGCGAAAAACCAAAAGUUGAAACAAUUGAAUAUGGAGAUCCAAAAACUGUCGAUAUGACAAAUAUACAGAAAUCAAUAAAAAAUAAUAUGAUGCUUACCUUAACCGUUCCAGUGUUCCGUGUUACUCAUUUAAUAAAAACAAACGAAUUACUGAAAUUAUAUGAAAAAGUAAAACAAAAAAUUAGUAUGAGUGUUAUAAUAAAUAAAUGUGUAUCAUCUGUACUAUUAAAUCAUCCCUUGAUAUACUCUACUUAUAUUGAUAAAGAUAAUGGAAAAAUAUUAUAUAAUAAGGAUGUUAAUAUAGGAAAUGCAUUAGGAUUACCAGAUUCUCUAUUAACUCCUGUGUUAAAAAAAGUUGAUAAAAAGGAUAUAUAUACAUUGGCCAAUGAAUGGAAGAUACUAGUUGAGAAAGGUAAAAAUGGUCUCUUAAGUUCUAAUGAUAUGACAGGUAGUAAUUUUUACAUUUCCAAUUUGGGAAUGUUCAAUACUUACCAAUUUGAUGCAAUAUUGCCAAAGAAUUCAUCAUGUAUCUUAUCAAUCGGCACAAAUAUUGGAAGUAUUGAUAACCUGGAAGACUUAAAAAUACAAAAGGGAAUGAUGAUGACUUUGACAUGUGACCACAGACAUAUCUAUGGAUCCCAUGCAGCAGCGUUUAUGAAUGAUUUAUCAAAAUUUAUUGAAAAGGAUAUUAUGAAAAUAUUUUUAUAG